CACUCAGUACUGAGGACACAGGCGAGCGUACUUGUCAGGACCAUGGCGCGCAUCAGAUAACAUCGGAGAUUUCAAAGCAAUGAUCAUGUUUAACACUUACGGACAAGUUUUUCCUCGCGUCUCAAUAGGAAUACCUGUGAAGUGAUCUCUGUUUUUUUUUCCUUUUCAUUAAAGAUCACUUUGUUUUUAAACGGUUGUAGAGAAAACGCAUUCACUAGUAUGGAGUUGUGAAUGACAUGAGCUUUACACAGGUUGUCGGUUUCCUUGCGUUUUCGGCAAUGUUUAAUGAUUGACCAUUUUGUGUUAAGUGUGCAAUGCAGAGGGACAUUUGAUGUGUGGACACUUCUGGAGCAGACUGUAAAAUAAAGGUUUUAUAUUUUUUGUAUUUUUAUUUUUUUACGUUUGUGAAGUUCUGAGGAGGAACUCUUCUCCGCAUUUCACACAGUUUGAAGUGUCCUUCGGAGAGUGUUUGGAAAGAGGAUUCAGCGAGACUUCUGCCGACUUGAGCGAGAGCACCUGGGAACAUUCGGCUGUAGCGUGACAGGGUAAAGAUGCUCUCUGCGUGUAUACACCGCGACCAGUCUUCCGCUUCUCUACUUGCAGUAGUUCUAAUAUGCGGAACCCUUGCGACCCAUACAGAUGGCAGUGAUUACAGCGAGGUUCUCCCGGAUGCGUUUCCGUCUGCUCCCGCCGAACCGUUACCAGAGUUCCAGAGCGAGCCAGAGGACGCCUUCAUUGUGAAAAACAGACCUGUCAAACUCUCCUGCAAAGCAACUCCUGCUACGCAGAUAUACUUUAAAUGCAAUGGAGAAUGGGUGAACCAGAAUGACCACGUCACCAAGGAGAGUCUGGACCCGAUCACAGGUCUGGUCAUGAGAGAAGUAGAUAUCUCUGUUUCCCGGAUGCAGGUAGAGGAGUUGUUUGGGCUGGAGGAUUAUUGGUGCCAGUGUGUUGCCUGGAGCUCAGCAGGCACCACAAAAAGCCGGCGGGCGUAUGUCCGUAUCGCCUACCUAAGGAAGAAUUUUGAGCAGGAGCCACUUGGCAGGGAGGUGCGUCUGGAGCAGGAAGUAUUGCUUCAGUGUCGUCCACCAGAGGGCAUCCCACCUGCUGAGGUGGACUGGCUGAAGAACGAAGAGCUCAUUGACCCGGCACUGGAUUCUAACUUUCUGAUUACCAUCGACCAUGACCUAAUCAUCAAGCAGGCUAGACUCUCUGACACAGCUAACUACACCUGCGUGGCUCGCAAUGUGGUCGCUAAGCGACGUAGCAGUACUGCAACACUCAUCGUCUAUGUGAGUGGAGGCUGGUCAUCCUGGACAGAGUGGUCAGAGUGUAAUGCUCAGUGUGGGCGGGGCUGGCAGCGACGGACACGCAGUUGCACCAAUCCAGCACCGCUCAAUGGAGGAGCCUUCUGUGAGGGCCCACCAUUCCAGCGAGUCACCUGCACCACACUCUGUCCAGUGGAUGGAGGUUGGACAGAGUGGGCCAAGUGGUCAGCUUGUGGGACAGAGUGCACACACUGGCGCAGCCGUGAGUGUCUGGCACCCCCGCCACGUAACGGAGGACGCCACUGCAGCGGUAGCAUGAUGGAGAGCAAGAACUGCACAGAGGGACUGUGUGUCCGCAAUAAAAAGAUUUCUAUUGGACAUACAAGCCAUCCUCUUGGCUCUGGUGCUGGUGUAGCGGUGUACGCAGGACUGGUGGGGGCUCUGCUACUCUGUGUGAUUCUUGUGCUGUGUGUGGGCAUCCUGGUCUAUCGCCGGGGCUGUCGUCAUCUCCACGGUGAAAUCACAGAUUCCUCGUCAGCCCUAACAGCUGCCUUCCACUCUGCAAAUUACAAACCACCACGACAGGAUAACCCACACCUACUGCAUUCGGCAGCUCCCCCUGACCUCACAGCCAGUGCCGGAACGUUUCGCGGGCCUCUUUUCUCACUGCAGCAGGCCACCCUGGACUCUCAGCAUAAGAUUCCCAUGACCACAUCUCCUUUGGUGGACCAACUGCCUAGUCUGAAGAUAAAAGUGUACAACUCCUAUACCAUGUCCUCCCUUGAGCUGCCGACCGGCCUAGGCUCUAUUGAUGGAGAAAUCAUGAGUCUAAAGACAAUGGGCUCUGGACCUAAAGACCACCAUGGGCACACCCUGCCAAGGGAGCCUAGUCACAGUGCCAGCGCCACACUGGGAUCCCUGGGUGGCCGUCUUACCAUCCCUAAUACAGGGGUGAGUCUGUUGGUUCCACAAGGCACGAUUCCUCAGGGAAAGUUCUACGAAAUGUAUCUCAUCAUCAACAAAUGGGAGAAAACAACUUUGCCAUCAGAUGGUAGUGAGACGGUGCUGAGUCCAAUUGUAAGCUGUGGACCCUCGGGCAUGCUGCUGAGCAGACCUGUGGUCCUUACUCUACCCCACUGCGCCCAGCUCGAGCCCCCAGACUGGACCCUUACCCUCAAAAUGCAGAACCAUCAGGGCGCCUGGGAGGAGGUGCUAACUGUAGGAGAGGAGAGUCUGUCGUCACCCUGCUACCUACAGGUGGAGGAGCAGAGCUGUCAUGUUCUGAUGGAGCAGCUGGGGACGUAUGGUCUGGUGGGGCAGUCGGCUCCCCCUCGGCCAGCCUGUAAGAGGCUGCAGUUGGCCCUGUUUGCUCCUCGGGCCCCAUGCCUCUCCCUGGACUACAGCCUGAGGGUCUACUGCUUACAGGACACCCCACAUGCCCUUAAGGAAGUGUUAGAGGUAGAGCGAAGUCUGGGUGGAGUUUUACUAGAGGAUCCCAAACCCCUCCUCUUUAAGGACAGUUACCACAACCUACGGCUGUCAAUUCAUGACAUUCCUCAUUCUCAUUGGAGGAGUAAACUUCUGGCUAAGUAUCAGGAGAUCCCAUUCUAUCAUAUUUGGAGCGGGAGUCAACGACUGCUACAUUGCACCUUUAGUCUGGAGCGAGGAAGCUUGGUGAUUUCUCAACUGACCUGCAAGAUCUGUGUCAGACAGGUGGAGGGGGAGGGACAGAUUUUCCAGCUCAACACUGACAUCCAAGAGACUUUGCCACCACAUUCCCCACUGCCAGCGGGUGGCUCCUGUCUGCCUUCAUCUCAAGUAGGCCCAUAUGCUUUCCAACUGCCCGUCUCCAUACGGCAGAAAAUUUGUGCCAGUCUGGAUGCCCCCAGCGCACGUGGCUGUGACUGGAGAAUGCUGGCUUGCAGCCUGGGCUUUGACAGGUAUCUGAACUACUUUGCAACCAAACCAAGCCCCACAGGUGUGCUACUAGACCUGUGGGAAGCUUGUCACCAGGGUGACGCAGAUCUGGUUUCCCUGGCGACAGCUCUUGAAGAGAUGGGCAAGAGUGAGGUCUUGGUUGUCAUGACGAUGGACAGAGAUUGCUGACUGGCAAAUCAAAAAGUGUGAAAUGGGGAUAUAUUUGCCACUUUAAACCAAGAAUUAAUGAAAGUUGAUGGAAAGAAAGAAACAGAUGCGUCAGAUGCACAAACCAAGUUCCAGACCAUCAGUACAGCUUUCCUCUUACAUCUGUGAUCAUGCAGAAUCACCAAGGAUUGGAAAAUGGUGCUGGGCCCAGCAGUCUCAUCUUGGAAUAAUACAUACCUAUAUGUAGCAAACAAAACUAUGCUGUAAUCAGACAAAUGAGAUGUCAUUUGAAUUUAAAAAUUGUGAAUGAACUGACAAGAAUGGUCCCUCUUCAUCAGUGCAUUUGCUGGUACGAUUAAAAAACACCAUGUGAGCAGCUCUUUAUUUGAAGAUAAUUUCAUCAUAAACACUGAUUCGCUCUUACACAUGCAGAGACAAAUAGCUAGUGUGAAAGUACAUGAUCAAACACCAUUACACACUGAGCCACUGGCUUUGUUUCCUAGCAACCACUAGAUGCUUAAAGACACUGAGAAUCGGUGUCCGGUAAAACAGCAGUGCUCCAAGCACCUCAGGAAAUGCACACAAAAAGAAAAUAUACAGAAGUAUAGAUGGAAACACAGAUCAAUAAAGGCUAUCCAACAAGGAGCUAUGAUAAUCUGCACUAAAAUCAACAGUUAUUUUAAUAAUGACUUACGAUUUCACUUGAAUUGCUUCACGUGGACUUCUGUUUUAAGCAUUAUUUUGUUUGUGUGUGUGUGUGUGUGUGUGUGUGUGUGUGUGUGUGUGUGUGUGUGUGUGUGUGUGUGUGUCUUUUUGAAAUAGCUUAUAGGAAUGAAUGAAUUAGAAGAAGACCACUCAUUUUGCUGGAUUUUCUUCUUCUUUCUCUGAUUAUACCUCCAUUUUCAGCCAAUAUCUCUGUGGCUUUCUUUAAAUCUUCUGUUCCAUCCAUCAUUUGUAAUGCAGGAGAGCUUUCUGGUAAACACAUAUUAGUUUCCUAUAGGGAACGGACUUUUUAAGUUAUUAUCCCUAUUUGUGGAUCUUUGUUUUUCACUCUUCUGUUCGUAACUCCUGUUCUGGUCAUAAUAUUUGGUCUCAUUUAUUUUUAAUUUGCUGGAUUGUUUCUUGGUCUCUGACUGAACAUAGGCUGGAGAGCAGAGAGCAGUAUAAAUCUUCAUUGGCGCUCCCCCAACCAGUGGGACCCUAUUUCGCCUAUGCCUAAAAAAACGGCCUUGCUCGACAGCAUAAAUUGCUUGAGAAAGCCAUGCAUCGCUCUGUGUUAUAUGAAGUUGUGAAGCUGUAUUACAUUCUGGUGUCCUCUCAUUGGCUAACAUCCACUUCAGACACUUGGAGAGCUAGAAAAACAAUGACAAAGGCCUCACAGCCUGGAAAAUGUAGAUUCUCUGGCUUUUUACCAGAAUGUCAAUUAGCACAGAAUUAGUAUGAAAAGAGGUUAUUUUAGAAGGUAAAAGACAUUGUAAUCUUUAUCGUUGCGGGAAGGCAGAGUCUGGAAAAAGUAGAGAAAUCAUGACUGAUUUACACAGGAUUCAAAUUACGGAGAAGCUCUGGUAAUUAUUACACUAUCACACCUUUGAUCAUCAUUGGUUAAAUGCACAUAUGAUGUGCUGUUUAAAUUAAAUUGCACAAGUGGCAGAGAGCCCUCUUCUGGGUUUGAUGCCAGUCAGUUGUGCUGAGUUAUAAAUGUGUUAUAAAUAGCUGCCUUGAGAUCCAGCAUAAGUGCUCUGAUGAUUGCAGUUUGACCAACUUGCUCUUCAUGGUCAGUUUCCACUUUUGGGUUUUAAUGGGUUCGCCUUGAGUAAGACUCCAAGCCAUGUCCUGGACUGUUUAUUAUCAAACGUGAUAUAAUCAUUUGAAGUGGAUGGGAAAUGGUUUUAUCCAUUUCUUUGUUUUCUUGACCUUUUCUUCAGAUGUGUUCAAAUAUCUGGCAACAAACAAAAGGUAAUGUGCCGUAUCUGUCUAUGCCUGUGAAGAUGUGAAUUAAAUAAACAAGGUGUGUGUUUAUGUGUGAGCUAGAGAAUAGAUUGUGAGAGAUUUGUUUGUGCCAACCUUUGAUUGAAUGAACAGGCUUCAUAAUCUGUUGUUUCCCCUUUCCCAUUUAAAGUACUAUGCAAGUGCACAACAAAAGAGAAUCUUUGGCCGUCUUGAUGUCUUGUGUAUGAAGGACAUGGAAUGGGAAUCUUAUUUCUGUUCCUCUGCUGGUCACUGCUGUAACAAAGCUGGGAGGAAGCUGGACCUCUUAAGGCCUCUCAGCAGUAAUAAAUGCAAACAAAAUGACUGUAAUUGGGGGUCAGGGAUCCAUGACCUCCCAAUCGUUCCCCUUCACCUGUUUAGUAAGCUUUUGGACUGUCACUUGCACCCUCACAAUGAACAACAACAACAAGCAGUUUGUUGGGAGGAUUAUCUUUAAACUUCUACAUUCGAAAGGCUGCAAGAACAUUCAAAAUCCCUGAUGGCUUCACAUCUCUGAACCUUUAUAUGGCUCUGAAAUAUCUCCAGCCGUCUCUCAGCCAGUGUUACAUGAAAACGCCUUUAAGCAUUUCACAUGUGUAAAGCUGCUUUGGGUCUGCUUCUCUCUGGAUGAUAGUCGCUGGUCAAAGAUGCUCACAUGUGGCCGAACUUAAUGCUUACUUUUUUUUCUUUUUUUUUUUAGAUGUCAUUUUCUAUGAAAGAGGGCACACAAGAAGUCAGGAGGGUUUUUUAAUUGUUAUUAUUUAAUGCUGUAAAGUACUACUGUACAUAAAUGUUUAGACUUCUUACAGUAACUAAAUAUAAUUUUUAUGCAA